CCAGACUGAAAGGCAGCCGGAAGUGUGUGUCGCUCUAGCAUUCAGCCCGGAGACGGCUGCUGCUCAGGAGGCGGAAAGCUUUGGCUGUGAUGUCCUUAGAUGAUGGCUGCUUUCGGGAUCUUAAGUUACGAACACCGGCCAUUAAAGCGGCCCCGCCUCGGUCCUCCGGACGUAUAUCCCCAAGAUCCAAAGCAAAAAGAGGAUGAGUUGACUGCCCUCAAUGUGAAGCAGGGGUUCAAUAACCAGCCAGCUGUGUCUAGUGAUGAGCACGGUUCUGCCAAAAAUGUCAACUUCAACCCGGCAAAGAUCAGUUCCAACUUCAGCAGCAUCAUCGCAGAGAAGCUGCGAUUCAACAGUUUUCCGGAUACAGGGAAGCGUAAACCGCAGGUUAACCAAAAGGAUAAUUUCUGGCUCGUCACAGCGAGGUCGCAGAGCUCCAUCAAUAGCUGGUUUACAGAUUUAGGUGGUACUAAACCUCUAACCCAGCUGGCUAAAAAGGUACCAAUUUUUAGCAAAAAGGAGGAAGUUUUUGGAUAUUUGGCCAAGUACUCAGUCCCUGUGAUGCGCUCAGCAUGGAUGAUCAAGAUGACGUGUGCAUAUCAUGCGGCGAUCACUGAAACUAAAGUCAAGAAGAGGCAUGUGAUAGAUCCUUGUAUAGAAUGGACACAGAUCAUAACCAAGUACCUUUGGGAGCAGCUUCAGAAAGUGGCGGAGUUUUACAGACAGUUUCCAAGUCAGGGCUGCAGCUCUCCUCCACCAGCCACGCCUGCAGACGUGGAGACGGCCAUGAAGCAGUGGGAGUACAACGAAAAGCUCGCUAUGUUCAUGUUUCAGGACGGUAUGUUGGACAGACACGAGUUUCUGACAUGGGUUCUGGAGUGUUUCGAGAAGGUCCGACCCGGUGAAGACGAACUGCUCAGACUUCUCCUGCCCCUCCUAUUACAGUACUCGGGGGAGUUUGUGCAGUCUGCUUACUUGUCCCGACGGCUGGCUUAUUUCUGCACCCGUCGCCUCAACCUGUUGCUAAGUGACGGGAGCCUGGUCCCUGGCACAGUGGGGCAUCAGGGGCACAGCAUCUUGACGCAGCAAGGCAACGCCCUCCCCUCGACCCCAACCUCCCAGCCGGCAGGAGGAAACCAGCCGCAGACGCCGUUUACAGAUUUCUACAUCUGCCCGCAGCACAGGCCGCUGGUGUUUGGCCUCAGCUGCAUGCUGCAGAGCAUAGUGUUGUGCUGUCCCAGUGCUCUGGUGUGGCACUACUCUUUGACGGACAGCAGAAACAAGACGGGUUCACCUCUGGACCUCUUACCCUUUGCCCCCUCCAGUCUGCCAAUGCCAGGGGGCAACACUGCUUUUACACAGCAGGUCCGUGCAAAAUUGCGGGAAAUUGAGGAGCAAAUUAAAGAGCGAGGCCAGGCGGUGGAGUUCAGGUGGUCAUUUGACAAAUGUCAGGAGACGACUGCAGGAUUCACCAUCGGGAGAGUUCUCCAUACCCUGGAAGUUUUGGACAACCACAGCUUUGAGAAGUCUGACUUUAACAACUCUCUGGAUUCACUGUAUAACAGGAUAUUUGGUUCAGGCCAGAGCAAAGAUGGCCAUGAGAUGUCGCCUGAUGAUGAUGCCGUAGUGACCUUGCUGUGUGAAUGGGCGGUGUGCUGUAAGCGUUCGGGUCGGCACAGGGCCAUGGUGGUGGCUAAGCUUCUGGAAAAAAGACAAGCUGAAAUAGAAGCUGAGAGGUGUGGGGAGUCGGAGGUCGUGGAUGAGAAGGGCUCCGUGUCGUCCGGCUCGCUCUCGGCUGCCACGUUACCCGUCUUUCAGGAUGUUCUGCUGCAGUUUCUGGACACUCAAGCUCCCACGCUCACGGAGCCUGGAAACGAGAGCGAACGAGUGGAAUUCUCCAACCUGGUUCUCCUCUUCUGCGAGCUCAUCCGACACGAUGUCUUUUCUCACAACAUCUACAUGUGCACGUUGAUUUCACGUGGCGACCUGGCCUCCGAGUCCCACCUGCCACGCCCACGUUCACCCAGCGACGACGAAUCGGAGCGCAAGGAGCAGGAUGCAGGCAGCAGUGUCAAGAUGGAGGAUACAGGUCUGUCUGAAUCCAUGGAGAUUGAACACAACUCCAGCGCUAACUUUGAUGAGAUGUUCUCACCUCCUAUGCACUGUGAGUCCAAGGGAAGUCCUUCUCCAGAAAAGAACACUACAGAUCAAGACAGCAAGGCCAACGGUAAAGACAAGAGCAUGGACCCGGCCUUUCCUCAGCUGUACGACCAACCCCGCCACAUUCAGUACGCCACUCACUUCCCUAUUCCACAGGAGGAAAGCGCCAGCCAUGAGUGCAACCAGCGUCUAGUGGUGCUCUACGGCGUUGGCAAACUGAGAGACGAGGCGCGACACACCAUCAAGAAAAUCACUAAAGACAUUUUGAAAGUGCUGAACCGCAAAAGCACAGCAGAAACAGGAGGUGAAGAAGGACAAAAGAGGAAGAGGAGCAAACCGGAGGCUUUUCCCACUGCAGAAGAUUUGUUCUCCAAAUUUCAGCACCUUUCCCAUUUUGACCAGCACCAGGUCACCUCCCAGGUGUCCAGAAAUGUGCUGGAGCAGAUCAACAGCUUUGCCCUGGGGAUGUCCUAUCACCUGCCCCUCGUCCAGCACAUCCAGUUCAUCUUUGACCUCAUGGAGUACUCCCUCAACAUUAGUGGCCUCAUAGACUUUGCUAUCCAGCUGCUGAAUGAGUUGAGUCUGGUGGAAGCUGAGCUGCUGCUGAAGUCCUCCAGCCUCGUGGGCAGCUACACCACCAGCCUGUGUCUGUGCAUCGUAGCUGUGCUAAGGAGAUAUCAUACCUGCCUCAUCCUCAACCCGGAGCAGACGGCACAAGUGUUCGACGGGUUACGUAUUGUGAUCAAAACGGGUGUGAACCCAGCAGACUGUUCCUCUGCUGAGCGCUGCAUCCUGGCCUACCUGUAUGACCUCUACACAUCCUGCAGCCAUCUCAAGAACAAGUUUGGAGAGAUGAUUAGUGAAUUCUGCUCCAAAGUGAAAAACUCCAUCUACUGCAACAUCGACCCUUCUGACUCCAACAUGCUUUGGGAUCCCGGCUUCAUGCUGGAAGCCAUCGCCAACCCUUCAGCCCACAACUUCAACCACUCUGUGGUGGGAAAGAUCCUCAACGACAGCCCCGCCAACCGCUACAGCUUCGUGGUGAACGUCCUCAUGGAUGUUUGCAUGGACCACAGGGACCCGGAGAGGGUGAACGACAUAGGAAUCCUGUGUGCGGAGCUGACCGCGUACUGCCGCUCCUUGAGUGCAGAGUGGCUCGGCAUCCUCAAGGCUCUUUGCUGCUCCUCCAACAACGGCAACUGUGGUUUCAACGAUUUACUUUGCAACGUGGAUGUUAGUGAUUUGUCUUUACACGAUUCCCUGGCGACCUUUGUAGCCAUUCUCAUCGCUAGACAGUGUUUGCUGCUGGAAGACCUGGUUCGCUGCGUUGCCAUUCCUUCUCUUCUCAAUGCCGCCUGCAGCGAGCAGGACUCGGAACCAGGAGCCCGGCUCACCUGCAGGAUUCUGCUGCACCUUUUCAAAACCCCACAGCGCAACCCCGUCCCUCAAGACGGGGCCAAGUCAGACAAAUCUAUGGUCGGCAUCCGCUCCUCCUGCGAUCGCCACCUUCUCGCCGCUUCUCAAAACAGCAUUGUCGUGGGAGCGGUGUUUGCUGUCCUCAAAGCUGUGUUCAUGCUGGGUGAUGCGGAGCUGCGAGGCUCGGGUCUGUCACAUCCCGCUGGCCUCGAUGACAUAUCUGACAGGCGCAAUGUCUCCAUAGAAACAGCCAGCUUGGAUGUGUACGCCAAGUAUGUUCUGAAGACGAUCUGUCAGCAGGAAUGGGUCGGGGAGCGCUGCCUGAAGUCUCUGUCUGAAGACAGCAGUGCUCUGCAGGACCCGGUGCUGGGGAACAUUCAGGCUCAACGGCUGCUGCAGCUCAUCUGCUAUCCUCACCGGCAGCUGGACAGCGAUGAAGGAGAGAACCCACAGCUGCAGCGAAUCAAACGCAUCCUUCAGAAUAUGGACCAGUGGACGAUGAGACAGUCGUGUCUGGAGCUUCAGCUCAUGAUCAAACAGAGUAGCAACAAUGAGCUGUACUCUCUGCUGGAAAACAUAGCUAAAGCCACUAUUGAAGUUUUCCAAAAGUCAGCUGAGAUGAACUCCAGUAACCCCUCAGGAAACGGAACAGCAGCACAGGGAGGCUCUGCCUCCAACAGUAACAGCACCACAAGCAAAAUGAAACCUAUUUUAAGCUCGUCGGAGCGAUCGGGUGUUUGGCUGGUGGCUCCGCUGAUCGCCAAGCUGCCCACCUCGGUUCAGGGUCACGUUCUGAAGGCAGCCGGAGAGGAGCUGGAGAAAGGACAGCACCUCGGCUCUUCCUCGCGCAAAGAGCGGGACAGGCAGAAGCAAAAAAGCAUGUCUCUGCUGAGCCAGCAGCCGUUCCUCUCUCUGGUGCUGACCUGCUUGAAGGGGCAGGACGAGCAGAGAGAAGGCCUCCUCACCUCACUUUACAGCCAAGUGCAGCAGAUUGUGACCAACUGGAGAGAAGAUCAGUAUCAGGAUGACUGCAAAGCCAAGCAGAUGAUGCACGAGGCACUGAAGCUACGACUAAACCUGGUUGGUGGCAUGUUCGACACGGUGCAGCGCAGCACGCAGCAGACCACGGAGUGGGCGGUACUGCUCCUCGACAUCAUCAGCAGCGGCACAGUGGACAUGCAGUCCAACAAUGAGCUCUUCACCACAGUGUUGGACAUGCUGAGCGUGCUGAUCAACGGAACACUAGCCGCUGACAUGUCCAGUAUCUCUCAGGGGAGCAUGGAGGAGAACAAGAGGGCGUACAUGAACCUGGUUAAAAAGCUCCGGAAAGAGCUUGGAGAUCGGCAGUCUGAAAGCUUGGAAAAGGUUCGCCAGCUUCUGCCGCUGCCCAAACAAACCCGUGACGUCAUAACCUGCGAGCCUCAGGGUUCGCUGAUAGACACGAAGGGGAACAAGAUCGCCGGCUUUGAGAAAGAGGGACUCCAAGUUUCCACCAAGCAGAAGAUUUCUCCGUGGGACGUCUUCGAGGGCCUGAAACACUCGGCCCCUCUUUCCUGGGGCUGGUUCGGGACAAUCCGCGUGGACCGGAAGAUCACCAAGUUUGAGGAGCAGCAGCGCUUCCUGCUGUACCACACCCACAUGAAGCCCAAACCUCGAAGCUACUAUCUGGAGCCGCUCCCUCUGCCCCCCGAGGAGGAGGAGCCUCUGACUCCCAUCUCCCAGGAGCCAGAGAAGAAGAUUAUGGAGCCGGGAAAACCGGAGAAGAACGUUCCCCCCGUUCCUUCUGAGUCGAAGAAAAAAAGUAGCAAGAAAAAGAAAAGUGCUACCCCAAAGGCGGAGGUUCCUGGAAUGACUUAUGGAGUGGCCCCGGACCUUAUGCCGAACCAGUUUGUAAGGACCCUCUUUAACCAGCAGCAGCCCAUGGGCAUGUACCCGCAGAACCAACCGCUGCCUCCAGGAGGUCCAGGUUUAGAACCGCCAUACAGACCCUCCCGCCCGCAAAACAAAAUGAUGCCGCCGCGACCAAACUACCCCGGCAUGAUGCCUGGUAUGCAAGCCAACAUGCCCGGUAUGAUGGGAAUGGAGAAGCAGUACCCGGUAAACUAUAAGCCGCAGGCUAUGGCUCGUGGGGAAAUUCUGCGGCACCAUUUACAAGUCAGGCUGCAGAAUCACGGCAUGCACGGACAGCAGAUACGACAGAUGGCGCCGAGCCAGUAUCCUCCCAUGCAAGCCUCACAGAACAUUUCUCAGGGCUACACCCCGUACCAGUCGAACAUGAGCAUGCAGCAGCAUCCCUCCCAAGGCGGCGGCAUCGUUCCUUCCUCCUACGGGAACCAGAGCUUCCAGGGCACCCACCCUGGGGCCAACCCGCCCGUGGUGGACUCUCUGCGGCAGAUGCCCCCGAGGCCCAGCGGUUACGUUCACCAGCAGGCUCCGGGCUACGCUCACAACAUGCAGAGCGCGCCGAGGUUUGCAAACCAGCCUCUCCAGCCAACCCACAUGAUUCAUAAUCUCAGUCACAUGGUACCCCAGGGAGUCCAUCCGGGCCUGAGGGUGGCAGAUCAGCAGCAGCAGCAGCAGCAGCAACAGCAGCAGCAACAAACGGCGCAACAACAGCAGCAGCAGCGGCAGCAGCAACAGCAGCAGCAGCAGUACCUCAGGCAGCAGGCAAUGACGCAGGCUCAACAGCAGGUAAUCCAUCAACAGCAACAACAACAGCAGCAGCAGCAGCAGCAGCAGGUUCAGCGACAGCAGGUUCAACCUCAGCAGCAGGUCCCACAGCCGCAGCAACAGCAGGUUGCUCCGCCGGGCCAGGCACAGAACCAGGGUCUGGGGAUGCAGCCUCUGCCUCCACAGCAGCCUCUGUUCCAGCGGCAGGGCAUGCAGCAGACGCAGCAGCAGCAGCAGACUGCAGCUCUGGUCAGGCAGCUGCAGGAGCAGCUUUCCAACACACAACCGGGACAAGGCACCAACUCGUAUUAUUGAUCCCUGUGAGGAGAACAGGGCCUCAAACUGUGGGGAACUCUUGUUCUGUAAAAUGUCCCAUACAUGCCCACCCGGAUCCCAGCUAGUCAGUCAACAGAAAAUAUAACUUUAGUUGUGUACUUAUGAAUUAUUAAAGGAACAUGUCUCUUCUGAAGUUAACACUUAAUGAAAAAGUUUAUGUAAAAAAAAUUAAUGCAGGUUUUUUUUUUCAAUUUGUACAAUUUUUUUCAGUUUUGUGUAUUUCUCAUUAAAAAAUUCUGUCUGUUUUUA